AUGAUCGAUGGCCUCAUUACUGCGAUGGACGGAGACAGCACGAGGACGACGACGCGGGCACCUUGGAUGUGGGGGUGCUGUCUGGAUGCCUAUGCCUGGAGACAACAAGGGGGACACGAUAAGAGCGAGCGAGACGGCAGAGUCAGAAGAGCGAGAACCUCCUGUAUCUCCUGUAUCUCCGGUAUCUCCGAUAUCUCCACCACAGUCUCGACCUCCGAACUCCAAUAGAGGUCAGGUCAGGGGUUCGAAUCCCGGCGUAGGCGAGCUUUUCUUGCAAAGUGAGUUUUUCUCUCGCUUCCGCUCCUGGCCAAGUGGAUAGCGCUAGUUCGUGUGUACACAGAGGGAAGAGAGUGCUGAACUCUUCUCGCAUUAAAAAUUGAAGGCGACGUGCCGCAGGAGGGGAGGGUAGAGAGAGGCUCUUCUGUGUGACCACGGGUUGGAAUGAACGGCACUAGUGCUGUAAGCGCUGAUUUGAAGUG